GAGGCUUUACAAGACCCCAACACACAAACCACUGAGAAAUUUUUAGAGAAACGAAACAAGAACGAAGACACAAGCCGAGAACUUUUAGAAACCACCACGGAGACGAAGGACCAAGUGAAGGGUCGACUCCUUCUGGAUGUUGUAGUCAGCCAAUGUGCGACCAUCCUCAAGCUGCUUUCCAGCGAAAAUGAGACGCUGCUGGUCUGGAGGGAUACCUUCCUUGUCCUGGAUCUUCGCCUUCACGUUGUCAAUAGUGUCAGAGCUCUCGACUUCAAGGGUGAUUGUCUUGCCGGUAAGGGUUUUCACGAAUAUCUGCAUGCCACCACGGAGACGCAACACCAAGUGAAGAGUCGACUCCUUCUGAAUGUUGUAAUCGGCCAAUGUGCGACCAUCCUCGAGCUGCUUUCCAGCGAAGAUGAGACGCUGCUGGUCCGGAGGAAUACCUUCCUUGUCCUGGAUCUUCGCCUUCACGUUGUCGAUUGUGUCAGAGCUCUCGACCUCCAAGGUGAUUGUCUUGCCGGUGAGUGUCUUCACGAAAAUUUGCAUACCACCACGGAGACGGAGGACCAAGUGAAGCGUGCGACCAUCCUCGAGCUGCUUGCCGGCGAAGAUCAACCUCUGCUGGUCCGGGGGAAUGCCUUCCUUAUCCUGAAUCUUAGCUUUGACAUUGUCAAUGGUGUCGGAGCUCUCGACUUCAAGGGUAAUAGUCUUGCCGGUAAGGGUCUUCACGAAGAUUUGCAUACCACCACGAAGACGCAACACCAAGUGAAGCGUAGACUCCUUCUGAAUGUUGUAGUCGGCCAAGGUGCGACCGUCUUCAAGCUGCUUUCCGGCGAAGAUCAACCUCUGCUGGUCCGGAGGAAUACCCUCCUUGUCCUGGAUCUUGGCUUUCACGUUAUCAAUGGUGUCCGAGCUUUCAACCUCCAAAGUGAUAGUCUUCCCCGUCAAGGUCUUGACAAAGAUUUGCAUACCACCACGGAGACGAAGGACCAAGUGAAGCGUAGACUCCUUCUGGAUGUUGUAGUCAGCCAAAGUUCGGCCAUCUUCAAGUUGCUUCCCGGCGAAGAUCAAUCUCUGCUGAUCCGGAGGAAUACCUUCCUUGUCCUGGAUCUUGGCUUUCACGUUGUCAAUAGUGUCGGAGCUUUCAACCUCCAAAGUGAUGGUCUUUCCGGUCAACGUCUUGACGAAGAUUUGCAUACCACCACGGAGCCUGAGCACGAGAUGAAGGGUCGACUCCUUCUGGAUGUUGUAAUCGGCCAAAGUUCGGCCGUCUUCCAACUGCUUUCCGGCGAAGAUAAGCCUCUGCUGAUCCGGAGGAAUCCCUUCCUUAUCCUGGAUUUUGGCUUUAACGUUGUCGAUGGUGUCAGAGCUUUCAACCUCGAGGGUGAUUGUCUUCCCGGUGAGAGUCUUAACGAAGAUCUGCAUCUGAAUUUCAGAAAAUAA